AGGAGCUUUGGAGAGGCUCCUAAGAACUAAGCUGUAUAUACACAUUGGAAAGAGUCAGAAACUUGAAAUUGUAAUUUGACAGGGAUUUAUUCUGUCAAUAACCAAGACGUUUCUCUGUGAAAAGAAAACUAGCCUUGUUCUUAUCCACCAGGGGUGGUGAAAGUUUGAGGAGGAUUCUUUCAUCCCAAUAAAAGUUGAUUUGCAACAUCUCUAAAGUUACAACCCCCAACAACGAGAAUGGAGCUUCAGAAGAUGAAUGGACAUAGCAGAGAAGAUGGGUUCGAUGGGCUGGAUGCCAUGGCUGAACAUGAGGAAUUUCUCCCACAUAAAACCGGUGUCAAGAAAGAAAUGCACUUCACAGAUUUUGAGGGGAAGACUUCAUUUGGAAUGUCCAUCUUUAACCUCAGCAAUGCCAUAAUGGGCAGUGGAAUUCUGGGAUUGGCUUUUGCGAUGUCCAACACCGGAAUCAUUCUUUUUCUAAUCCUGUUGCUGUCUAUUGCUGUUCUGUCUGCGUAUUCAAUUCACCUCCUGCUAAAAUGUGCUGGGGUUGUUGGCAUCCGGGCAUAUGAGCAGCUUGGGAAUCGGGCCUUUGGUGCACCAGGAAAAAUGUUGGCCGGCUGUGUCAUAACAAUACACAACAUUGGAGCAAUGUCCAGCUAUCUCUUCAUCGUCAAGUCUGAGCUCCCAUUGGUUAUUCAAGCUUUUCUUGGUAAACAUGAAAACACGGGAGAGUGGUUCUUGAAUGGAAACUACUUGAUCAUGAUUGUUAGCGCUCUCAUCAUCCUUCCUCUUGCACUCAUGAAAGAACUUGGUUACCUUGGCUACACGAGUGGCUUCUCUCUCUCCUGCAUGGUGUUUUUCCUCAUUUCGGUUAUCUACAAGAAAUUCAACAUCCCGUGUCCACUGGAUAUCGGCCAUCACAAUGUAACUCCUACUGAUAGCCACGCUCUCAUUAACGCUACAGACUUCUGCGAGGCCAAGCUCAUAACCAUGAACUCACAGACAGCUUACACCAUCCCAAUUCUGGCCUUUGCUUUUGUCUGCCACCCCGAGGUGCUACCAAUCUACACUGAGCUACGAGAUGCCACGAAGAAACGCAUGCAGGCUGUUGCCAACGUCUCCAUCCUGGCCAUGUUCUGCAUGUACUUGCUAACUGCUCUUUUUGGUUACCUCACCUUUUUCGGUGCUGUGGAGUCAGAGCUGUUACACACCUACAGUAAAGUGGACCCCUUGGAUGUCCUGGUCCUCUGUGUGCGUCUGUCUGUGCUGGUGGCUGUCACACUGACCGUCCCUGUGGUCCUUUUCCCGAUCCGCAGGGCCGUGCUCCAGAUCUUGUUCCCUGAGAAGCCUUUCCACUGGGCCAGACACAUCAUCAUUGCAUUUUGUCUAAUCGUCAUAGUCAACAUUCUUGUUAUCUUUGUGCCCUCCAUCCGCGACAUCUUUGGCCUCAUUGGAGCCACAACUGCCCCGAGCCUCAUCUUUAUCCUACCUGGGAUCUUCUAUAUCCGGAUUGUUCCUGAGGAACAGGAGCCUUUGAUGUCCAGACCCAAAGUUCAGUCUGCAUGCUUUGCUGCAGUGGGAUUCAUCUUCAUGACUAUGAGUUUGUCAUUUAUCAUCAUUGACUGGGUGACUGGAGAAUCUAGAAGUGGAGGCGGCCACUAGCUGGUGUGACAGAAAAAAAGGUAUUACGAACAUAAAACGCCAACCAAAGCUCUCCCUUUCAUUAAAUUACCCCUGAUCUGCCGAGUUUUCAACCAAAGCC